AUGACAUCCUUCGUUGUCCCUCCAGGACAAGUGCGCACCCUUCGCGCAUGCAUGGUCUGCUCCGUCGUCAUGCCGCAGAGCAAAUUCGCGCGCGAAGGCUGCCCAAACUGCGAACACGUCCUCCAACUCCGCGGCAACAACGACGCAAUCCAAGAAUGCACAUCCCAGGUCUUUGAGGGACUCAUAUCUAUCAUCGACGAACGGCAGAGCUGGGUCGCUCGCUGGCAACGAUUGGAAGGUUAUGUGCCGGGGACGUAUGCGAUGAAAGUUACAGGGACAUUGCCUACGGAGACGGUUGCGUCGUUGGAAGAUGCUGGGAUCAAGUAUAUACCGAGAGAUGGAAGCGCGAACGAAGAAGAAUAG